AUGCUCUUGCACUUCCACCAGACCCGCGUCCUCAUCUUCGGCGCAAUCGCCUUUUUAGUCCUCUGCGCAACUUUCUUGACCGAUGCUUUCGGGCCCUCGCGCACCUCUAGAAUCCGAGACUACCUCACGCACCAACCGCCGGCGCAAUGGCACAGCACCGCCUCGAAGACGCGGUGGCGUGAACUCACCGACGUGUGGUCGGGGCGGAAAGAUCCGGCCAAGAUCAUCCUGGCGAGCGUGCUGUACGAGCAGCCGGAGCCGAACGAGCUGCUGGAGCGCGCGCUGCUGACGCACGAGAAGCACGCCGAGAGGUGGGGGUACGCGACGACGGUGCUGAGGAAGAGGUUGGUCGACGGGUGGUGGGGCAAGUGGAGUUGGCUGCAGGCGUUGGUGACGAUGGAGCUGAACAAAGAUCCAGCGGACGCUGCGGAGUGGAUAAUGUUCCUCUCCCCCACCGCCGUCCUCAACGACCCCACCAUCCCGCUCUCCCUCUUCCUGCCCCCCACCAGCCUCACGACCAACAUGACGUCCUCGCGCUCGCCGGGCUCGCAGCUCCGCGCCAUCGCCCUCAACGACAUCCACUUCCUCGGCGCCUACGACGCCGCCUCGCCCGUCACGGCCAACCCGGAUUUUCCCGCAGUCAGCUCGGCCGCCUUCUUCCUGCGCGUGCACCCGUGGACCGCCGUCUUCCUGCAGCACAUGCUCGCCGCCCCGCUCGUCGACGCCGCCGUCGUCGACGAGGACUUUGCCCUCGCGAAAACGCUGGUUGAUGUGAGUAACGUUGGCGUGACGUCCAAAAGCGGCGCGGACGAUGACGACUUGGGCGAUGAUUUCGACCCCGCGGGCUUCGCGCACAUCGUGCUGCAGCCCGAGCGCUGGUACGCGUGGUCCGCGGCGGCGGGGACGGCGUCGGAAGAAGAUGGGUGGUGGUUGCGCGCGGCGGAGCAUUUUCCGCCGAGUUUGGGGGGCCGCAGGUGGAAGGGGUUGAAGGAUGCGGUGACGGGUGUGGAGAAGGGCCGCAUGGAUCGGGCGUAUCCGUUUGGGUAUGCGGAGGACGCGAAGAUUGCGGCGGCGAGGAAGGGGUGGGGGAGGUCGUUUUUCUUUUCCUCUUCUUCGUCGAGUGGGAACGCCGGUGACGAUGAUAACGUCGAGGUCCCGUCUGCGCUGGUCGACGCGAAAACCGCGUCCGCUGAGAACAAGUACACUCGGCCUGACCCGAACGUGGACGGCGCGGGACCGGCGGAGGUGUGGGAUUUCUGGGAGCGGAUUGCCCGGGCUCGUGCCGUGCUGAGGGAGGCGGAGGAGGUCGAGGCGAGGUGGAACGUCGAGCGGCCCGGCCGCGUCGAUGGCGACAUCGCGAGCCAGGCGUUGGCUGAGGGCGUGUCGAAGGUCGAGGCUGCGAUGUGUUGGGGGGCGGGCAGGAAGGCGGUGUUGGAGGAUGCGAUCGCGUUGGUGAGGGAGGCGAUGUAUGGGAGGGGGAGGAGAGAGGAGGAUGGGUUUUAA